UAUGGUUAGUUGACUCACGAUAGAUACAAAAUAUAAAGUCGCAAUGGCUGUUGUUAGGGUUUAUAGCAUUGGUCAUCAAAUUAUUAGGCCAUCGAACUGUUCUGCAUUUUUAAGAGUAUUUAGGAAAUAUUCUCUUCACAAAGCUAACGCUUAUCGCACUCAUUUUGGCUUUGAAAUUGUAGAUGAGGAUGUGAAAUCAGAAAAAGGGGACCUAGAGGGAAGGCAGACCAGGAAUGAUGUCAGGGAUGGAGAAGGAGUUGUCCUCACAGUUUAUAAUGUUUUUGAAAAGGUAGCAAAUUCAUAUGAUGCUAUGAAUGACGCUAUGAGUUUCGGAAUACAUCGGCUAUGGAAAGACAUUUUUAUGCAGAAAUUGGCUCCUACCAGGAACACUCAGUUACUCGAUGUUGCUGGUGGAACGGGCGACAUUGCUUUCCGCUUCCUGCGGCACGUCGGCCAGGCAGAGAGCGAGGAUGAGGCGAGCCGUGCGAGCGUGACUGUGUGCGACAUCAACGAGGCCAUGCUGGAGGUUGGCCGGGCACGCGCCAGGCAGCGAGGCAUGUGCAUCGAGUGGGUGCAAGGGGAUGCAGAGCAGUUGCCCUUGCCAGAUGCCUCAUACGAUGCGUACAGCAUUGCGUUUGGCAUCAGGAACGUGACGCACAUAGACAGGGCGGUGCAGGAGGCAUACCGAGUUCUUAAGCCGGGUGGCCGCUUCCUUUGUUUGGAGUUCAGCCACGUCAGCAACCCGGCGUUGCAAUGGGUGUAUGACCAGUACUCCUUCCAGGUGAUACCAGUCCUGGGACAGUUAAUAGCAGGCCAGUGGAAACCUUAUCAGUAUUUGGUGGAGAGCAUAAGGCAGUUUCCUAACCAGGAGGACUUCAAAGAAAUAAUUGAAUCUGCUGGCUUCAGAUCAGUUACUUACGAAAACCUUACCUUUGGUGUAGUGGCUAUACACUCUGGUUUUAAAAUCUAAUCAUCACCAAAGUUUUUGCCAAAAACAAUAAUGCAUUAAAAAAAUGUUGCAGAUGAGAAAGUGUACAAGUAUUAUUGGGACAAGUGCUGUACAACAGAAUUAGCUGUGAAGAGAGAGAAUUUUUUUUUAUAAUGUAAAAUAAACACUGGUUAUGUACAAAUUUAUUAUUGUUGAUUUUCUCUAAUAUUAAAGUCAAUUAUAUAUC